CAUAGUGCGACUUUGCUAAAUUUAUUAUCAUAGUUUGUUCCUUGGGCUAAUGGACUAUCUACCCAAUUCAUCUCCUCUGUCUUGGGAUGAAUUAUGUCAAAGAUUUGCUCUACGAUCUUCUCUGGUUGUAAACAGUGAAGAAAUUCACGAUUUUACUCUAAAUUCUAACAAAAAACCCCUUAUUGUCAUAACCAAUUACAGAUCUGGAGGGAACACAGGGAAACGUUUAACCGUUAAAUUAUCUGACAAGCUAAGACUAAACUCCUCUCAGGUUGUUAUUUUAAACAAUGAGGAUCCUGGGAAAACUUUGCGUUUGUUUAAAGAUGUGGAGCACACGGUACUGGUGAUGGGAGGCGACGGCACGGUGUCGUGGGUUCUUCAGGAGAUGGACAAGCUUUGCUACCCGACUCAGAAUGUGCCUGCCGUAAUUGUUGUACCUCUUGGAACCGGUAACGACUUGGCCCGUACUUUUAAUUAUGGUGGAAGCUGUAACGAAUUUUCGCAUCUUAAAAAGAUUUUACAAGGAAUUUGCUAUGACCAUCCCGCCUCGGUCGCCUAUCUUGAUCGAUGGAAGUUACUGAUGAUGCCUUUAACUCCUUCAGUUGACCAAAUUCCCUCGAGGAAGCUCAUCUUCAACAACUACUUCAGCCUUGGGGUGGAUGCGAAGGUUUCUCUCCGUUUCCACGAGGCACGGGAGACACAUAAGAAACUCUACGCCACGCAGUGCUUCAAUAAGUACUUAUGGUACCCCCUGCACUCCCUCGCGAGCAUGUUCCAUAACACUUCCCUGCACGAAGCCGUGGACGUCGUGGUGGACGGAUCCGCUUUGACGGUCCCAGCGGGUCUCGAGUCUAUCGUGUUCCUCAACAUCCCAAGUUACGCGGCGGGCUCGAAGCCUUGGAAAAACGUCAAAGCAACUUUUCUUCCGCAGAGAACGGACGAUAAAGUGAUUGAAAUUUUGGGAUUCAAGUCGUUGAUCCACGCAGCGUGCUGUAGAUUUGGGCUCAGUAGCUGUGUUCAGCUGGCGCAGGGAAAGCAAAUUUACUUAAAACUUAAACAAAGCAUCGCCGCUCAGAUAGACGGGGAAGCGUUUUUCCAAGAAGCUUGCACAAUUAGCAUAACGCACCACACACAAUCAAAGUUUUAUGUUUGUAUUAAUCGAAAAAAGUGUCGUUGUUGUUGAGUGCUAUAAAGAAUUUAGAAUCAAACUACUGUCAGACAAAAUUUUUUUAAAAAUAAACUCGGGAAGAGGCCCGGAGCUAUUCCUUCAUAGGAAAACACUUUUUAUUCAGGAUAAUAAAAAUUAAUUU